GUUCAGUGGAAACAAGUGUAGGCUGGGGGCUGGAGACCUGGGUUCUACUUGCAGUUCUGCUAACAAACUGCGUUGUUUUGGUGAGUUCACGGUCGUCCUCGGGCGGCAAAGCUUCUACGGUUCUAAAAGGUGAGGCGUUGCCGCCGUACGAGAUUGGCUGACGAUAAGGGCUCCUCCCCGCCGGGCACCUGUGUCCUGAGAGGCAUCCGGAACAUUUGUGCUGUGCUUUCUGCCCGGACGGACCCAAGUGGAGACCGGAAGUACCUUGCCGGGAGAUUCCGGGUUUCCUGGGCUACUGCGAUGGCGAUGAGUUUCGAGUGGCCGUGGCAGUAUCGCUUCCCGCCCUUCUUUACGUUACAGCCGAACGUGGACACGCGGCAGAAGCAGCUGGCCGCGUGGUGCUCGCUGGUCUUGUCCUUCUGCCGCCUGCACAAACAGUCCAGCAUGACGGUGAUGGAAGCGCAGGAGAGCCCGCUCUUCAACAACGUCAAGCUUCAGCGGAAGCUCCCUAUGGAAUCAAUCCAGAUCGUAUUAGAGGAACUGAGGAAAAAAGGGAACCUCGAGUGGUUGGAUAAGAACAAGUCUAGCUUCCUGAUCAUGUGGCGGAGGCCAGAAGAAUGGGGGAAACUCAUCUAUCAGUGGGUUUCCAGGAGUGGCCAGAACAACUCCGUGUUCACCCUGUAUGAACUGACCAAUGGGGAAGACACAGAGGAUGAGGAGUUCCAUGGGCUGGAUGAGGCGACCCUACUGCGGGCUCUGCAGGCCUUACAGCAGGAGCACAAAGCUGAGCUCAUCACCAUCAGCGACGGCCGAGGUGUCAAGUUCUUCUAGCACACACCUGACUCCCACCUGUCCAGGGCUCUCACAAGGAGACAGACCCAGAAUCCCCACAGACUGGAUCAGGACUCCACCAGAUUCCACAGGGCUCCAGUCUCGAAUGCUGGGACCUAGGAAUGGGUUCCUCAUGUACCCUGUACGUCUGUCCCUGGUAGGAUGAGCUGAGGUGCCAGCAAGAAAAGAUUUGCUUCUGCUUGCCCUGCCUCCUAUCGCACCCUAGACUGCCCCCAGCCAGGGUCUGUCACCCGAGCACUUGACAUGUGUUCACACACCUGAGUCCAUGCAAGUGCGCGCACCUGCUCAAGCCUCUGUCUCCUCCCCUCCCACUCCCAGCUGCUGCCGCCUCCCUCCUCAGGCUGGUGCCGGAUCCUUCCAAGGGGACCGGGAAGCCCUGGCUGCAGGCAGCCUUCCAGGCAACAGGAAGAGAGGAGGCCCAGCAACAGGCCUGGCAGUGAGAGGCAGGGCCUGACACUGAUUUAUGAUAUUAAAAUCUCAGCUCCCA